GUUAAUUGCUACAAUUUUACAUUUCUCAUAUUAGUUAAUUAGUUAAUUCCUACAUUUUUACAUUUCUCAUAUUAGUUAAUUGCUACAUAUCUCAUUAAAAUAAUAAAACUAGUUAAUUUUUACAUUUCUCAUAUUAGUUAAUUGCUAAUAUUUGUUCAAUUUUAAAGAUGGAGCGUGGUAGACAUUCUGUAGAUGUGGGUAAUCUCCAACGCAACCACAAGAGGGAGAUUGCAUCGACUCGAUCUACUUCACGCAAAGGCAAAGGUAAAGCGCGGGCCGAGUCUUCUUUUCAAAGUCAAGAUGAUUUUGAAACGGAUUACCAACGGCGAGAUGAUAUGAUGAUGUCCGACGAGGAACUACAACACCUAUUGUCCCAAAAUGAUCCACGUUUUGCACAAGAACAACAAUUCCCGACAACCAUCGAUGAAGAGGAGCUCGAGGAUGACGAUGGGGAGGAGGACUCGGGGGCGACGGGACUCCGGAUGAUGAGCAAGAGAACGAGGGCCCUUCAACGACUACAACCCAAAUUGGUAAGAAAUCUAAAUCUCCUAUUAUUGAAAACAAUUAUACAAAAAGGAAAGACGAAAAAACCGAAAAAUGGUACGCAAGUUGCAAUCAUUGCAAGAAAGAGUUUAGCUUGGGAAUUUCUGGCGGAUACGGGAGUCUCAAAAGACAUCUUAAGUCCGCCCACUUUGUGGAGUAUGCGAAAAUAGACAAAGGAAAGGGGAAGCAAACACAAAUAUCAAGGUUUGCAAAUUCUCAACCCUUUGGUAAUUUUUCCUAUGAUGAUAAAAAACAUUUGACUGGUGUGUCUCAUUUAAUUGUUGAAGAAAAUUUACCCUUUAUUUUUUCCGAAAGUCUUGCUUUAAGAGAUUAUGCUCAAGGUACUUUAAAUCCUCAAUUUAGAAAUUAUAGUCGCAAAACGAUUAAAAAAGAAAUUAUAAGGCAAUAUAACUUGGAAAAAGAAAAAUUACAAAUAUUUUUCGCAAACUUUGAUGGACGUGUUAGUAUUUGUAGCGAUAUAUGGGAGGAUACUUAUCAUCAUUUAUAUUAUUUGGGUCUAACUGCACAUUAUAUUGAUGAUGAUUGGAAUAUGCAUAAACGUGUUCUUGCUUUUCGUGAAUUCAAUGAUCGUCACACUGCUGAUAAUAUUUAUAUUCUCAUUGAACGUAUUUUAAUUGAGUAUAAUUUGAUUGAUAAGGUGUUUGUUGUAGGUUUUGAUAAUGCUAGUAAUAAUACUGCUGCUAUACCUAGAUUACGUGAAUUGUGUGGUGCUUCUACAUUGAUGGGUAGAUUUUUUCAUCAACGUUGUGCAUGUCAUAUUCUAAAUUUGUGUGUACAAGAUGGCUUAGCGGCAUUAGGAAAUGCUUUGGAGGUAGUCAAGGGGGGAAUUAAAUUGAUUUGGGCUAACACUCCACUAAAAAUGCAAUGGCGGCAAUAUUUGAAGGAUAGACGUGUGAAUUAUUGUGCUUUUCCUAAAGAUUUGUCUAUUCGUUGGAAUAGUGCUUAUAAUUUAAUUCAAGUACUUGUUAGAUAUAAAGAUCAUUUUCCAGCUUUUUUAAGACAAACUUGUAACUAUAUUAUAAACCCGGCUGACAUCGACACUUGUGAAAAAAUUGUUAAUGUUUUGGCAUAUUUUAAUAACGCAACUCUAACUUUUAGUCAUGUUUAUAAACCUACCGCAAACGAAUUUUUUGUUGAAGCUGUUAAUCUCGCCGGCGCUUUUUGUGAAUUUUCCGACGCCACUUACGUUAGUUAUUUUUGUGAUUUCAUGAAACAAAAGUUGUUAAAAUAUUAUUCACAUAUUCCGCAUAUAUAUGGUAUUGCAUUUGUUCUUGAUCCUCGUUAUAAACUUCCUUACUUGGCAAAUUGUAUAGAUUACUAUUAUGCUUCUUUUUUUCCAACUCAAGAGUUCGAUGAUAAUCCCAUCGACCCUAAACAAGAAUUCAACGAGGUUAGUAAUUUAUUUCAUCAAUUGUAUAAUGAAUUUCAUGCACAAUAUGGUAAUGCACCCCCUCCCAUGCAACGAACAUCUUCUUCAUCUAAAGGAAAAUCACUUUUAAAAUCCGCUUUUGGUUCUCUUUUGAAAAAAAGUAGCAACUCCCGCUACUGAACAAAGCGCAGGUAACGAGCUUUCUUUGUAUCUAACAUUGAAUGUUGAUUAUGAAGUUGGUGAUGACUUUGACGUUCUUAAGUGGUGGAAGGAAAAUGAAAGAACAUUCCCGAUUUUAUCAAAGAUGGCUAAGCAAGUACUAGCAAUGCCGAUAUCAACCGUUGCCGUGGAACAAGAAUUCAGUGCAGCCGGCAACGUCCUAACCGAUUAUAGAACGAGGUUGAGCCCGAGCUCUCUUGAGACACUAGUUUGCUUUCACGAUUGGUUGAAGGCCCAACGAAGAACUCAAGAAAUUACCAUCACUCCCUCCCGCCACUUUAUGGAGGAAACAACCGAAGGCGGAGAGUCCGAUUGAUUUUUUAUUACAAAAUGUAUUACAUUUUUUAAAUUCAUCCUAAUUCUCAAUUGUACUUCUUAUUUGAAAUAAAUAUACUUCAAUUCGAAUAUAAUAUAUUGUAAUUGUAAUAAGAAUUAUUCUAAUUAUAUAAUAUUUAAAAAAAUUAAAUAGGCCCGGCCCGGCCCGUGAACCGGGCGGGUGACCCAAACCGAACCGGACCCGGGGUUAUCCGGGCCGGUUCCGGGCCUGCCAUCCUAGAACUAAGGCCCAGCCGGUUCUAGGCCCGAAUCGGGCCCGGCCCGAACCGAGUCCACCACUAGCUUCAAUAAAUGAUUUUUGUGAACCCCUACAACUACUCCCACAGGUAGUAUUUAUAGGGAAAAUUAGGGCUGGGCUCCCAAGUCUUGGGCUUGGGAGGCCCAUUUACAAUAGGGCCACUAAUGGGCCGGAUACAAAGUACAUAGAAAAGAUCAAGUGUAAAAUCCUAUACUGGAGGCUGCUCAUGGCCGGUGAGGGCACGGCCGACGAGGGCAUGGCCGACGAAGACCCGGCCGACGAGGUCACCCGGUUCUCCUGGCUCCUGGACCGUAUUCUGAGUAGACUGCUUUCCGGCCGAUAGAGGUCAUCUGGGUCGACGAGGGUCCCACCAGGUGAUCGGUUCAUUACUUGGUGGAAGGUACCUUCUGUUCUUCCGAGUGUGUGGGCCAUGUGGUUCAGGCCCAUAUACUUCCGAAUGCAAAUCUGAGCCAAACUAUGCCCCUGCUACUUGCACUUUGCUGGAAAUACUUUAAUAUGACAUUGUAUCUGUAUACUAUUUGUUCAAGUGUUCCAUAUUUAUGGCAAUGAUGAUACCUUCCACCAAGUAAUGAAAUUAAUGGUAGGUGGUGUUGAUUCUAUUUCUAUAUAGUUUCAAUGCCCCCAUUAAUAGUGAAAUGAAUGCAAAUCUGAGCCAAACUAUGCCCCUGCUACUACCAAUUAAUGAAAUAAAAUGAUUCAAUUUCCAUAUUUCUGGAAAUGAUGAUACCUUUCACCCAAUAUUGAAAUUGAUGGUUGCUAAGUAGCUUGUGUUGGUUCUAUUUCUAUCAUUCUAUGUACUUUGUUAUGCCCCCAUUUCUACCAAGUAAUGAAAUUGAUGGUAGAUCAAUAGUUUAUUUAUUUCUGGCAAUGAUGAAAGAUGCUACUCUGCUACCCUUCUACACUUCUACCAGGAUGCAAAAACAAAGGAGUUGGUGUUGAUUCUAUUUCUAUAUAGUUUUUAAUGCCCCCAUUUUUUGUGAAGUGAAGGUAAACCUGAGCCAAACCUGAUUGCAUUUAGUAUUCAUCCUGUAAUACAUAUUUUUUUGAAGUGAAUCUAAAUAUGAAACCUAAACACUACAUUUCUAGUAAUUUUUUAACUUGUGAUGUACCUAGGAACAUAUUCAAUGAGUAUUUUGUUGCUGGUCUGCUACACACAUGGAAUGAUGGAGUCAUGGAACUAUGGAAGAUUGGAAGAAGGAACUAUAUUCAAGAUCUGCCCCUAUUAAAAUUCAAUUUUUUGUUGCUACUUACUAUUUUGGAACUUUGGAUUUUUCAAAGUCUAUUCUCAAACUGUAUUAUGUAUAAGUAUUUACGUAACAACUAACUGUAUAACUAAUUAACUGUGCUUGGAGUUGUACAAAGUAAAAGUACAAACUCUAUUAUUUUGCUACUUGUUACUUGUUAGUUGUUACUUGUAUUGUAAUGUAAUGCUGCAUUGUUUCACAAACUUAUAAUUUUAAUGUGAUAGUUGAUAUUGUAUGUUAUGCUAUUUAAUGGUUUUUAAUCAACCCGAAUGGCCCCGAAUAUCCGAUUCAAACCGACCGGAAUCCGAAAUUGGGCAACCUGAACAGCCCUACAUUUUUAUAGAAUAGGGUAGGGUUUUAAAUUCCUAACCCGAAAACCGACCGGGUAUGCCAAAUCUUCACCCGUCCUACCUGAACCCGUCCGACGCUCUCCCCUACCACCAGGUGAUCGUGGUACCUUAUGUUCUUCCGAGUGUGUGGGCCAUGGGGUCCAGGCCCAUAUACUCCAUCACUCGCCGUCCGAGGUUAGUAGUUCAAACCCGCAUGUAAAAACUUUUGAACGCGUGAAUCGUCCCCUGAGGUCGGAGCGUGAUGCACUAGGAAGAGGUAAGAGCAUGCGAGAACUCGUAUGAAGUAAAGAGUAUGCAGUAUUAACAUUUAUAUUGGAGCUUAUUAAUCGUCCAACCCAUAUGACGUGACCCGAUGGCGCGAGUGUGUGUGCUCGGCCAGUGUACGAGUGUGUGUGCUUGUCCGGCGUACUUGAGUGAUCAGAUUUCAUUAGUCCGUUGUUCAAUGUUAAAAUACACACACUUAACAAGAGCAAAAGCAAUUAAACCACUUAAUUAUCUUUUCAAAUGUUUCAAUUUAUGAUUUUUUUUGUAAUGUUAUUUAUAUAUAUACCGAGUAUAUAUCAUAAAUAAAUUAAGGAUGAGGAACUUAGCUUUUAAAUUAGGCCGAAGCUUUGUGUGUUUGACACUGUGGUGGUAGAUUCUAUGGUACCCAUAAGGUAUCAUACUUAUUUUUUAAAAUGGGUACCGGAGUUGUCACAAACUGUGGUUGCUGAAAUUGGGCUCAAUGUAGUCUUGGCCCACCUAUUUUGACUUGAGCCGUACCUUUGCUUAGGAGAAAACCUGAGAACCUCGCGGACAAAGAGAACGGGAGGAAGUAGCACCUUGGACCGGCCGUCGCUACUGCUCGUGCCGAGGUCCUUUUGCUCUAUUCGGCUGGGAUCGUGAAGAAAGAUCUCCAGCGGCCAUUAAUAGCGGAAGCCCACAAGGCUCGAGGUCGAUCUGUGUCGGACACGGAAUAACGGCCUACUAGACGGAGGAGUGGCAAGACCAACUAAAACAGGCGUUUGGCAGCUUGACCGCCGGGCGAGCGGCGAGAGACAAUUGAUGAGGAAGGAGAGUUGCUGGUGACGGCCGACGGAGCUCACGACUCCGUGUUUGGUUGCAACGAAGGUUACAACUUACAACUUGUGGCAGUGGAGGGGACUUGUAAUGGCGCAGAAAACUCCAGCUAGUGCACUGAGUUUGAGCGGGCUUCACAAUGUCCAUGGCUGCUCCAUUCUGCCAAGACCGCACAAGAAUCUGAAAAAAAUCCAGAUUCUUUUUCUUCCACACCUUCAUGGGCUUUUUCAUUUUUUUGAGAUUUUGAAUUACAGACCUGAACAAUGCUAGAAACCUGUUAAAUCUGGGGAGUUGGGAAACUGUUUUAGAAAAUAUGGCGGAUUUCUCAGAGUAUCGUGUGAUCACUUUCCG